AUGUCCAAAAACAAAGACCCCAACUCACUCAUAAACAUCCAACAUGACUACAUAUACAACAAGAUCAAAAGCAUUCAACAACCGAAGGAGAUUUACAACUUGGUGAUUGAUAAGAAAGUCGAAACCAUACUAUAUAAAACCUUCACCAAGGAACAAUUGUUGCGAAUAGUGGCAUCAGUUGAACUAAUUGCUUCAGAACGAAGGAAAAACACCUACAUGACAGCAAUCUACAUGGUUGAACAAUCAAUCUACAAUUUGAAAUGUAUAAUGGCUGAUGUCACCACAAAGAGAUACAAGCGAGGAAUGACGCUAUUUGCCUAUCAAGAUGAAGAUGUUGACCCAAAGGGAACCAAGUUUUUCAACAAUAAAUUUCUUGCCAAUCCUGCCGUUGUUGAUUACUUGACUUAUAUUGGCCGCAUCAACUUUGAAUACAAUGCCGUGGAAACGAGGGUGUUUUUAACUGAUGACAAGACUGCCAACUCAAUGCCGAUUUAUUACAACAAAAAUGUACUAAACUUUGUCAUGCCUCAAAUUAAACAAGUGGCCAAAUGUUUGUUAAAUGUCAUGAUUUCAAUGGAAGAAUACCCGUUUAUUAGAUUUUAUCGACCAGUGGAUGCCAAUUACGAUGCUAAACGGUUACCCGAAUUGAUUGCCGAUGAAUUUCAAAAACAAAUGGAUGAGUAUUGUCGUAGUAAUCAAAACUACCCUACACCCGAAGUAUCAGCCAAGACCAGAUCGAUUUUGUUGAUUACUGAUCGUACUAUUGACUUGUUUGCUCCAUUGUUGCAUGAAUUCACCUAUCAAGCAAUGGCGAUGGAUAUAGUGCAAAGUUUGGAAAGAGAAGGGGUUUUCAAAUACCAAAGUGAAAAUGAAAAGGGUGAAGUCAAUGAUGUUGAAGCAACUUUGAAUAAUGAAAAUGAUGAAGAUUGGGUCAAUUUGCGACAUUUGCAUAUUAUUGAAAGUUCGGAAUUGAUUGUCAACAAGAUUACUGAGUUGGUAAAGAACAAUCCAUUAAUGAUUGAUCGAUCGAAAGCUAGUACUUCAUCCGAUUUAAUGUACAUUGUUGCUCAUUUAAAAGGAUUUGAUGAAGAGAGAAGACAAUUGACAUUACACAAGACUCUAAUUGAUAAAUGUCUUGAUAUCAAUGCUCUGAGGAAAUUGGCUGAAUUUGCUGCUGAUUUUGAACAAACUUGCUGUGCUGAUGGGGUCAGUUUUGAAGGUGAGCGUAACAAACACUUGCAUGAUGAUUUAAUUGUCCUUUUAGCAAGAGAUGAUUUACAUAUAAAUGACAAGAUGAGAUUGAUUUUGAUUUAUGCUUAUUACCGAGGCGGAUUAAUUCGAGCCGAUUUCGAGAAGUUGAUUAAAUUUAUUGGUGUUGAUGAUCGACACAUUACUGGAUUGAUGGAACGAUGUUUUAAUAAUGUUGAUAAAUUGGGGUUCCAGUUGUUCAAAACUGAUAUUAAGGAUAAACCAUUUGGUAAACAGUAUUUCCAUACUAUAAACAACGAAGGCACGUAUAAUACCAGUAGGUAUACCCCCGGUGUCAAGACGAUUAUGCAAAAUGUUGCCAAGUAUUCCUUGGAUAGGGAAUGGUUUCCGUAUUUCCGUGAUAUCCCAUUAGACGAUGAAGUAGUUGUGACUGAGCCAAAGGGGUCCAAUGCCAAGAAGGAUUUACAAUCAAGUGGUACUUUAAGAAACCCAAGAAUUAAAGCUAGUUGGGCAUCACAAACGGGGACAUCGUCAAGUAACCUUUCGCGAUAUGGCGGUGGUGGAGGUGUUGGUGGCCAUAAACAAAAACAACGCAUCUUUUGUUAUGUUGCUGGUGGUAUCACCUAUAAUGAAAUUAGAUCCAUUUAUGAAUUAUCGAGUUCGUUGAAUAAGGAGUUUUACAUUGGAUCUGAGCUGAUUCUUAGACCAAGGGAUUUCCUCAUUGGAUUACAGAAUCUAAGUGAAAACAAGACAUUAGAAGCAUUGGAUUUGAAUAUCGUCAAGGAGUCAAUGAAGAGUGAAGAUAUACCUGAUUUUUUGUAUAAUGAUGGAAGUAGCAGUAUCCCAAGACCCAUCCCUCGUCAACAAAUGUCUGGUCAAGUUCCAAUCAGAGGAGCUGGAUAUCCUCCACAACACCAACAACACCAACAACACCAGCAACAACCACACCCACAACUGCAACCACAAUUUGGUCAAGUUUCCUCGUUUCAACAACAAGUUGAACAGCAACAGCAAAUGUAUGCAAAAGCUCAUGGAAUCAACCAUGAGUCUGGGUCAUCUUCCAAUGGUGCAGGCUCUACUAGUGGCCAUUACAAAAAGAGAAGCUCGAAAUCAGGUGGUGGUGGUGGUGAGUCGAGUAGUGGUAGUAGCCCAGCUCCACCUGGGGGUGGUUCUGCUGACGGAUCUGGUUCAUCAUCUUCAGGUAAACGAUCAAGGUUGAAAAAAUUCUUCAAGUAA